UUACAGUAGUAAACACUGAGGUCGGACGGGCCCGCGAGGCAUCCUCCAUAUUUUUAUAACCCAUCAUGGACACCUAUAAUCUCAAGACAGCGUCAAGAUAUAUAAAUAAUCUACUCCUUGCUCGAGGCUUACUUCGGGAUGGCAAGCCAAUCGAGUUCGCGCAUCCAUCCAAGGGCGACGGCGGGAAAGAGGCGACUAUGGCACACAUCAUCAACCUGGUCCAUGACUUGAUACUUAAAAGAGAUCGUGAUCAAGAACAGCGGGAAGAUCUCGUUCAAACGAUACGUACCUUACGGAAUGACUCUACACAAAAUGUCCAAAAGAUCGAGCGCCUCCAGACACGCAACGACGACCUCAUACGGCAGGUUUCGCUCACACAGUCACAGGAAAGAUCUGCGAAAAUGGCAUUGCGGACAGCGGAAUCAUCUGCGCGCGUACUACGGGAAGAGAUGAUAAGGUUGAAGGCGACGGUACAGCAGGUACGGACGUCUUGCGCAAAUGAUGUUCGCAAACGGGACGUUCAGAUACAGCGACUCAAAUCGCACCUCACCACCCAACAACGGGGGAAUAAGACUGGUCUAGUGGGUGCAAGCAUUACAAUCACUCCUGGUAUUACUGGCCUCGGUAGCACUAUUGCGGGACGCGAUGAUGAGGGGCCCCAGGUUGACGAUCCGGAAUAUAAUCUGAAGCAAGAGACGACAGAGUUCUUGACACAGCUUAGUCAGAGCCUGAGUGAUGAGAAUGAUAACCUGAUUGGACUUGUCCGAGGCACGUUGUCAACUCUAAGAGAGCUCCAAGGGCUUCCAGAGAGCGUUCAACUGGCUGGAGAGAAUCUCGCUAGCGGGACCAGUGAUGAGCCAUCAUAUGGAGAUAUGAUCCAGGCGCUACCUACAUCAUAUGAUACCCUUGCAAUUGACAUGGACUCGGUGUUGGAGAACCUUCGAAAUCUGCUCACAAAUCCCAACUUCGUCUCUAUCGAAGAGGUGGAGAUGCGGGAACAACAAAUCAUACGCCUGCGUCAAGGAUGGCAAAAAAUGGAGUCGAAAUGGCGCGAAGCAGUCGUGCUCAUGGACAGUUGGAGGAAGAGAAUCAUGAAUGGAGGCGAUACCGUCAAUAUCGACGAGUUGAAGAUUGGCUUAGGUCUUGGCGCUGGACUCGAGACAGUCAGCGGCACGAAUGACAUAUCCAUCUUAUCAGACGAGGAAAAUGAGUCUGUGAGCAGUAAGGAUGUCGAUGACAUCGAAGCCAUGGAGGAAGAGCUUGACAUCCAUGAGUCCUCUUUCGAGGAGCUCGAUGAUGAACCAGCUUUUGACAAGCCCAACGAGAGGGCCAACACUACUGACAUUUUCAAUAUCAAACUCACUCGCAAUCAACCCGUGCUUCGCGAGGGGAGUGGCAACCUCUAUUCACUGCGGGACGUUAAUUGCGCCCCUUCUGCACCAGAUUCUGCAAGUGCGUCACCCAUGCCAGGGUCGGACGAAAACGCCAGUUCCGAGAUAGAUCUCAUUCAUAAUUCGAGCUCAAAGUCCUCAUCACCGACGCGAAAGCACACACAAUCACGCGCGCAGUCAAAACACGAAUCACGCAUACCACGACAAGCAAACGCAACCACACAAGCACCAGCACCAGCUCGGUUGACCUCACGCGAACAUCACUCAUCGCCACAUACCUCAAGCCGGCCUACACGAUCACCGAAACUCAGUAUUACGGACAAAUUGAAUGCAGCUCAAGUGUCAGCUGAGGCUGCAAAGGUCGCGGAAGGACUCUCCGCGUCGUCAAAGUCCAAUGCGCAGAUCACAAAUAAUGCCAGACCUAGCAGCACAGCCGGGACUACAAUAGAAAAGAAUGAUGUCGCGACAGAUCCAAUCAGGCCAUCAAGUAGGAGGACGACAAAAAUAGGGGGUCGAAUAGGCGGUGCGAAAGCAAGAAGGCGGAAGAGUACGCUGACCCCGGAAGAGCUGGAAAGUUUGAUGUUUGUCAGUUAAUGAAAUGACAGAGCAGUCCUGUAUCGUAUAUUAGCGCGGUCCAUGGCGUUGAUGCUUCUAGUAUCGUGUAUCCACAGCGCACUCAUUUUCGCGGAUACGUCUGUUAGCUCCUAGAAAUAUUAUGAAGCAAUCGACAGAUCUGUUGUCUUUUGAGACACGCACAUACAGCCUCCGUACCUAAUCCACAAAUUUGGCUACGUGCUCAGGGGCUGCAAAGCCAUCAU